AUGGCAUCCCCCGAUCUAGCAUCCAGGGGCUCGUUCAAGGGUCGCACGGUCAUUGUCACCGGCGGUGCUGGGGCCGUGGGCACACAGCUGUCACUGGCGUUCGGCAAGGCCGGGGCGAAUGUGGUGGUCAACGAUAUCAGCACAACAUCCGAUGGGAAGUUUCGUGCACAAGAGGUUGUCGACGAGAUCACGGCUCAAGGUGGCAGCGCGGUGCUGGAUACGAAUUCGGUUGUGGACGGCGAGAGGAUUGUUCGCACAGCCCUCGAGAAGUUUGGCAGGAUUGAUGUGAUUGUCAACAAUGCCGCCCUCGCCCGCUACGUGCCGUUCGAAGAGGACGAUCUGUCGGUGUACAAGCGGAUCCUCGACGUCAACGUGCUGGGAAGCAUAUCCCUCAUUCUGGCCGCGUGGCCGCACUUCAAGAGCCAGCGAUAUGGACGAGUUGUCAACUGCUCGUCCGAUGCCAUCUUCGGUAUGACGGAGGUGACUCCCUACACCUUUUCGAAAGGCGCAAUCCUGGCGGGCACUCGGGCACUGGCGAUCGAGGGCGCGCCCCAUGGAAUCCUGGUCAACUGCGUCGCCCCCACGGCCUAUGGAGACAUGAUGUUACUGCACCUGAACAAGAUGGAUGCCGCGAUUCGGGACCAGGCCAAGGAAUUUGCCAGCACCACGUAUCCGCCCGAGUCCAACAUUCCCUGGUUUCUCGCCCUUUGCCACGAGUCCAGCGAGAUCACGGGCGAGUUUUUUAGCCUGGGCGCUUACUCUGUUUCUCGAAUUGUCCUGGGCGUCCAAGACGGAGUCACAAAUCUCAGGACGAUGGAAGAGUGUCUGCAACAGCAAGACGCGAUUCUCAAGAACCCGAAAGCUCAGAUCAAUGUCCCACGCAACUGCGACGAGUUCAAUGAGGUGACCGUCCGGGGGAAAAGCGCUAGACCUCAAGAGAGUCUGCAUGGACAUUGA